ACUCAUUGGUUAAUGACAUUGACCACCAAAUUAAGUAUACAACAUCACGUUUAAUUUUCCUUGUUUCACAAGUUCCUUGAGAUCUUCCAGUUUAUUUAAACUCAAUUACCAGUCUUCUCUCAAGAUUCACAACAAUGGGGUUCCGUCUUCCAGCUAUAAUUCCUGCUAAGAAACUUCUUCGACUGUCUUUCUCAAAUUCAAGUCAAGGAGCUUUGUAUAAUUUAGCAGAUGUCCCAAAAGGUUAUUUUCCAGUUUAUGUUGGCGAGAGUGAGAAGCAGCGGUUCGUUGUUCCUAUAUCCAUCGUCAAUCAGCCUUCAUUUCAAGGCUUGCUAAGUGAGGCUGAAGAAGAAUUCGGAUAUGAUCACCAAAUGGGCGGUUUAACAAUUCCCUGCAGACAAGAUACCUUCAUUGAUCUCAUUUCCCACUUGAGUGCAUUGUGAGACUGGAUAUAUAAUGGAGAACAAUUACAUCAACUGUGUGAUUGUUACAAUUUGGUACACCAGACAUAUCCCCAUCUUGUACAUUUUUUUUUCGAUCCAGGAGGAAUAAAUAUUGUACCCCUGGAAUCGAUUAUGUAAAUGGAGACUCUAGUAAUAUUCAUAGCUUCUUUACAAUAAAGAAAUAUUGUCCCCCAAGAAUCGAUUAUGUAAAUGGAGACUGUAGUAAUAUUCAUGGCUUCUUUACAAUAAAGAAUUAUUGUCCCCCUGGAA